AUGAUGAUCGGUAGCAGUCGUUCAGCGAUACGAGCAAGCCGUGCUGUCAAAGCAUCAGCAUCUCUCAGAGACGUCAACGCCAUGUUGCGGCGAGGCUUUGCAUUCAGCACGCGUCUUGCGAACUACUCGAACACGAUCCCGAACCUUGCUGCGGGUCCACACUCGAACGUGAUUGUACAAGGCUUUACUGGCAAAGCAUCCACUGUACACACGCAGAUCUCUCUUGACAUGGGUACCAACGUUGUCGGCGGUGUAGCACCCGGCAAAGGCGGUUCCAAGCACCUUGGUGGACGGCCUGUGUUCAACUCUAUCAAGCAAGUGUUGGAUGCUGGCAUUCGCGUUGACGCCACUUCCGUCUUUGUUCCACCUGCGCUAGCAGCUGAUGCGAUCAUCGAGGCUAUCAACGCAGAGAUUCCCCUGAUCGUCAGUGUAGCAGAAGGCGUGCCCGUCAAAGAUCAAUUUCGAGUUAUGGAGGCAUUGCACUCGCAAUCCAAGUCGAGAUUGCUCGGCGCCAACAGUCCGGGGUUUUGCAAUCCACGAGGAUGUAGAAUGGGAAUCUCGCCCUUGAUCACUUGUGCGCCUGGCCCCGUGGGUAUCGUCUCGCGUUCAGGUACGCUCUCGUACGAAGCCGCCUAUGCUACAAAACCCAUCGGACAAUCGUACAUCCUCGGUCUUGGAGGCGACUUCUACCCAGGAACCCGUACAGUUGAAGCGCUCGAGUUUCUGUUCAACGACCCAAACACGCAAGCUAUUGUGCUCGCCGGCGAGAUUGGCGGCACCAUGGAGGAAGAGGUAUAUGCUCUGCUCCAUGAUCCAAAUUGCAAAUACAGGCAGGCGCACGACAAGGACAAGUUUGUGAAACCUAUUGUUGGCUUCAUCGCUGGUCUCAACACGCCUCCUGGCCAGAUGUUUGGCCAUGCCGGAGCCAUCUGGAGAGACAACACCAGCAGCGCAGUGGAAAAGAAGAUGAUGUGGAACGACGCGGGCAUCCGCAUGGCUGAUGCAAUCGCCGAUGUCGGCAAGUUAAUCCAGCAAGAGAUGGACAGGUACGGUAUCAGAGCGAACAAGUCCUAG